AUGGCUAGCCCUACAGUUCUCUCGUUCCAUGCUGAGGGCCGCCCGAUUAAGUUUGAGAUCUGGCUCGAUGAUCUGCACCUGUUCCUCCAGCUCAGUGCGAGAGAGGAUGUCUCGCUGUACGAUCAUGCACUAGGCAAAGCUGCUGCCCCUGCUACUGAUGCUGACGCCACUACCCGCUCCCAGUGGCAGACUCGUGACGCCCACGCUUGCUUCGCUAUUCGCAACUCCCUGCCUGUAGAUGAGCGCGAGCACUUCGGCAAACACAGGACUGCCCAGGCACUGUACACUGCUGUAGUUGCGCGCUACUCCUCCCCAGCCUCUGCUGCGCUAGGCCGUCUCUCACUUCCCUACCUGUUCCCUGACCUGUCCGCCUUCCAGACAGUCGCUGACCUCAUCACGCACCUCCGCACUAGUGAGGCCCGCUUCCUCAGGGACAGCUUCCUAGCCCGCUGCCCCACUGAGCUCACCAUUGCCACCCUCGAGAAGGAACUCCUUGCAGUUGAGAAGAGUAUUGUAGCUGUAGGUGCCUCUCGUGGUGACCCCCGCACCCCUUUCUUGGAGGGGUGUUCCCCCUCCCCCCUGCUCCCCUCUGUCGCCUCUGCUGCUGCUGUCGACCUCCUUGGUGCUGAGCAGGUUGGGUCUGCGUCCGCUCCCAGCGGGCGCCGCAGCGGCAGGGGCAGGGGAGGCAAGGGCGGUGGGGGUGAUGGCGGGGGAGGCGGUGGUGGGGGUGGUGGCGGCGGUGGGGGCGGUGGCGGGGCUGGAGGGACUAGUGGCAGCGGUGGGGGUGGUGGAGGCAGCUGCGGCGGCGGUGGCCGGGGUGGGGGCGGUGGUGGUGGCGGCGGAGGACGUGGCGGCGGCAGGGGCGGUGGUGGUCGUGGUGGCGGCGGCGGUGGUGGUCGUGGAGGCUCUGGCACUGGCCAGAGCACGCAGCACCCUCAGUCCUCCCAGGAGCUUCGUGAGUGGUACUUACAGCACGGGGGUGGGGGGGGUAGCCUUAGCUGCACGUACGUCAUCCGCACUGGUCGCCGCAAGGGACAGACGUGCGGGAGGGCGCACACUGCGCAGCGCUGCUUCUCUCGCCUAGAUGACGCUUGGCGUGCUCAGUUUCCUGACGCUCCUGAGCUCCCUCAGUGGGCUGAUCUCCUCAAGAACGAUAUCGAUAUCUAUGCUCUUGAUUUUGAUGUUAUUCUCAAAGCCAUGUAUGCAUUGACUAUUAGUGGGGAGGAGGACCAGUACCUGUGUGUUCCGCCUGACCCAGGCAUCCGCAGGAGUGAGGCUGCCGCCCUAGGUGCUUGCGUGUCUGCUGCCCCAGGUGCUGGUGAGGCUACUGCUCUAGGUGAUUGUGUGUCCGCCACCCCAGGUACUACUGAGUCCACUGAGGCACUGCACACCUUCACUCUAGACUCAGGCGCUUCGCGCUGUUUCUUUCAUGACCGCACUGCUCUUGAGCCCCUUGCUCGACCAGUCGCUGUCUCGCUCGCUGACCCCUCUGGGGGUCCGGUCAUUGCGACCUCCUCCACUGUCCUUCCUUGUCCUGCUGUCCCGUCAGGCACACUGUCAGGUCUCCACCUCCCCUCGUUCUCUACGAACUUGGUGGCGGGUUGUGCGCUUCAGGAUGGGGGUGUUCACCAGUUCACCCCUGCCUACGAGCGCGUGACACACUGCACGUGUGCUCGGACGGGCCGUCACCUGGCUACCUUCACUCGGCAGCUAAAGUCGGACCUGUACACACUGACCACUGAGUCCCCUCAGGUAGCGGCGUCUGCGUCUGCGUCAGGUCAGCUGUCAGCCCCCUGCUCGUGUCGCUCUCUGGCGCACAAGACAGUCCUCUGGCACCAUCGACUUGGUCACCCGUCAGUGCAGCGCCUUCGGGGCAUGCACGCCUGGUACCUUGUCUCUGGUCUUCCUCGGGUACUCCCUCCCCUCCCACCCUCCCUUGCUCCUCCUUGUCUUCCCUGUGUCGAGGGGCGGCAGCGCGCUGCCCCUCACUCCUCCUCGUUCCCCCCGACGACUGCUCCUUUGCAGACGCUCCACAUGGACGUGUGGGGCCCAGCCCGCGUCCGUGGUCAGGGCCAGGAGAGGUACUUCUUGAUCGUCGUUGACGACUACUCGCGCUACACCACGGUCUUCCCCUUGCGCACCAAGGGUGAAGUCCCUGAUGUUCUGAUCCCUUGGAUCAGCAGAGCACGUCUUCAGCUGCGAGAGCGUUUUCGCUCGGAGUUUCCUGUCCUGCGCUUGCACUCUGACAGAGGUGGUGAGUUCUCCUCCGACCUCUUGGCAGCCUACUGUGCCGAGCACGGCAUUCGCCAGUCGUUCACGCUUCCGGCCUCUCCACAGCAGAAUGGGGUUGCUGAGCGCCGCAUUGGCUUGGUCAUGGAGGUCGCUCGUACCUCCUUAGUCCACGCGGCUGCCCCCCACUUUCUGUGGCCGUUUGUGGUCCGGUAUGCUGCGCAUCAGCUCAACCUCUGGCCCCUUGUCUCCGCUCCGGAGACCUCGCCCACACUACUGUGGACGGGGGAGGUUGGCGAUGCGUCACGCUUCCGUGUCUGGGGAUCCCGAGCUUUUGUUCGCGACACGUCUGCGGACAAGCUCUCCUCCCGCACUGCUCCGUGUGUCUUUCUUGGCUUUGUCCCGGAUGCGUCUGGCUGGCAGUUUUACCACCCCGCCUCGCACCGCGUCUUCCCCUCUCAGGACGUCACUUUUGACGAGUCCGUGCCCUUCUACCGCCUCUUCCCCUACCGCACUGCCCCGCUCCCUCCCCCGCCUCUCUUCCUCGCGCCAGGUGCUGCAGUGGUAGACCCCCUCCCCCCUCAGGGUGCCGCUCCUUCAGGUGUCUCCCAGGUAGACCCGGUUGAGCCUGCCGAGGUAGCUGUCGACUCGCGUCUGGCUAGGGGUUCUGAGCCUGAGCGUGCGGAGCCUGGGGGUGCUGAGUCUGGGGGUGCUGAGCCUGGGGUUGCCGAAUCUGGGGGUGCUGAGCCUGGGGUUACUGAGUCUGGGGGUGCUGAGCCUGGAGUUGCUGAGUCUGGGGGUACUGCAGCUGACUGUGAGACGCCUGGAGGAGCUCCCUCUUCGCAGCAGCUGCGUGAGUGGUACUCGCGGUACUGCAGCCUUCGGCGGGGUGCGUCUCGGGCUCGCGAUGCUGCUGGAGUUGGUGCUCAUGUUUCCCCACCGCGGCGGGAGCCGCCCUCUUCCCCACAGCUCCGGGAGUGGUACGCUCGGCACAUCAGUCUUCGUAGUGGGAUUGCUGGUGCUGGGGUCCCCGAUGUUGACACUACUACUGGUACUGCGGACCCUGGAGCUGGAGGUGCUGCUGCUGCUGGCGGUACUGCUGGAGGUGCUGUUACUGCUCGCGGUGCUGCUGGUGCUGCUGGAGGUGAGGCUGGUGCUGAGGACCCGGGCGUUGGAGCUGCUGCGGGUGCUGCUGACCCUGGUCCAGGAGGUGCUGCUGCUGCUGGCGGUACUGCUGGUGCUGCUGGAGGUGCUGCUGGAGGUGCUGCUGUUGGUGCUGAGGACCCUGCCGCUGCGUCGUGA